AUGCUGUUGUCCCUCAAUCAGCUUGUAUGCACGCGCGAGGAGCUGCCGCUGUUUGAGCCGCUGACGGCACAGCUUAAUGUGGGCGACUGUGUCGAGCUGCUGGGCCCUAACGGUGCGGGUAAGACCACACUCCUGAGAACCCUUGGUGGAUUGUACAGUCAGUUUCAUGGCACCUAUGACUGCACGGAUUUCCUUUUUCAGGGACACCCGAUGGGGCUGGAUGAGCUGAUGACGCCGCUGGAAAACCUGGCCUGGUUUGCCGGGCUGGAAGGUCGCACUUUGGCCGAAGAUCUGGCCGCAGAGCUGUUACGGGAAGUGGGCAUGAUUAACUUUGCAAUGACCCCCUGUCAGCAGCUUUCUCAAGGACAGCAGCGCCGGGUGACCAUGUCAAGAUGGUUGCUCAGCAACGCAAGGCUCUGGCUGCUUGAUGAGCCUUAUACAUCACUGGAUAAAGACGGCCAGGUCCUGCUCAAUCAGCUGUUGAGUCGUCACUGUGAUAAGGGUGGUGCCGUGCUGGCCGCGACCCACCUGCCUUUGCAGGUCGUCGAUAAAGGUGAACUCGUGUUGCAGCCGGUGUCGGAUAAUACGCGCGCCUUAUAUGGCGGCGCCGUGCUCUGGCUGAUUGUACUGUUGACCAAUAUGCUGUCGCUGGACUCUCUUUUUCGCCGCGAUUUUGAUAACGGCACCCUGGAACAGAUGAUGGUGACCGCAGACGUACCGCUGCUGGCGGUGCUCGUGAAAAUUAUUGUGCAGUGGCUUGGCACAGGGUUUCUGAUCGUUCUUCUGUCGCCGCUGUUGUGCCUGUUUCUCGGUUUGCCUGCUAGCGCAAUCGCUAAAACCGCGCUGCUGUUGCUGGCCGGAACCCCGGCUCUGAGUCUGCUCGGUGCUGUGGGCGCUGCCAUGACAGUAGGAUUUGCCAGAGGGGGUGUGCUGUUAGGCCUCCUGGUGCUGCCUUUAUUCCUGCCGGUGCUGGUGUUUGGUGCCAGUGCGGUCAGUUCAGAGGUGGCCGGUAUCAGUGCUGACGCACAGUUGUACUGGUUGGCAUUUAUUAGCAUGGUUGCACUGCUGAUUGGACCUUUUGCGACCACAGCGGGCUUCGGCGUGUUUGCGCUGUUGUUGCUUGGGGUUGGCAUAGUCUGGGGGUUGGCCUUUGCGCCACCGGAUUAUCAGCAGGGCAACAGCUUCCGCAUCAUGUAUGUGCACGUGCCUGCGGCUAUGGUGGCGCAAAGUGUCUACAUCAGCAUGGGUGUUGCGGGGCUGGUGCUGUUCGUAUGGCGCAUGAAAGUAGCUGAUAUUGCCAUCGCUGCGUGUUUGCCAUUUGGCAUCCUGUUGACCUCCCUGGCGCUGUUCAGCGGUGGUGUCUGGGGUCGACCGACCUGGGGCACCUGGUGGGAAUGGGAUGGCCGCACCGUAUCAACCCUGGUGCUGCUGUUUUUGUACAUCGGCAUAUUUGCGCUGCGCGAAGCCAUUUUAGACUCACAGAUGCGCGCCAGAGCCAGUGCGCUGGUGGCCAUGGUGGGUACCAUUAACAUUCCUAUUAUCAAAUAUUCCGUUGAGUGGUGGAACACACUGCAUCAGCCGGCCUCUAUCACACUCACAGAAAAACCUACCAUGCCGGCAGAGAUGUGGUUGCCGCUACUGGUGAUGGUGUUAGGUAUGUAUUGUUUUGCCGGGCAUAACAUCAUUACGCGUAUGCGCCUGGAGAUCCUGCGCCGGGAAAGUGGCACUCGCUGGGUGCGUAAUCUCGUGCUUCCGGUGGUAGACGGCACCGCGCCGCUUGAACGCACCAUUCGCGCAGGGGGCAUGGUGAAAGAUGGGUCGGUUGCUCGUGAUCCCGAGAGUCUGCAGGUUGAGUUCACCAUCACCGAUCAUAUGGGAUCCGACUUUGUGGUUGCGUUCACCGGAAUCCUGCCGGACCUGUUUCGUGAAGGGCAGGGCAUCAUUGUGCAGGGUGAGCUGGAUCAGCAGCGUAAAUUCAUGGCGCGAGAAGUGCUGGCCAAACAUGACGAAAAUUAUAUGCCGCCGGAAUUGAUGGACAUGGUUGCCGAAUCUGGCGUCACCAUGAUUGCUGAGUUGGGUCAACUCAGUCUGGCGUUGGCCGCCUGUCUGGCGCUUACAGCCGCUGCUGCCGGACUGUUUGCGCAUGGCCCAGGCACCCAGCUGUUACGGCAGUCAACGGUGUCCAUGGUCGUUGGGCAGUUUGUUUUUGCCGCAGUGGCCUUUGCAGCCCUGGUGUACAGCUUUGCCACCGACGAUUUCUCGGUGUCCUAUGUCGCCACUCACUCAAACAGCCUGUUACCACUGCCUUAUAAAAUCAGCGCCACCUGGGGUGGGCAUGAAGGAUCCUUCCUCUUGUGGAUCCUGAUUAUGACGCUAUGGAUGCUGUUGCUGACGCUGCGUCGCGACAAUUAUCCGGUGCGCUUUUUCAGUCGCGUGUUAGGCACCAUGAGUCUGAUGAAUCUGGGUUUCCUGUGUUUCGCGCUAUUCACAUCAAAUCCUUUUGAGCGUCUGAUACCUAUGACACCUGCGGAUGGGGCAGAUCUGAACCCGCUGCUGCAGGAUUUUGGUCUGAUAGUACAUCCGCCCUUGCUGUAUGCCGGCUACGUGGGGCUGGCAGUACCGUUCUCCUUUGCUGUUGCGGCGUUGCUGGAAAGACGUGUGGAUGCAGCCUGGGCCCGCUGGUCACGGCCCUGGACAAAUUUUGCCUGGGCUUUUUUAAGUGUCGGCAUCGCCCUGGGUAGCUGGUGGGCUUACUACGAACUGGGCUGGGGUGGCUGGUGGUUCUGGGACCCUGUUGAGAAUGCCAGCUUUAUGCCCUGGCUGGCCGCAACCGCGCUGAUUCAUUCUCUUGCCGUGACAGAGAAACGUGGCACGUUCAAGAGCUGGACGCUGCUGCUGGCAAUUGCCGGAUUCUCUUUGUCACUGCUUGGUGCCUUUAUUGUUCGAUCCGGUGUAUUGACGUCUGUCCAUGCGUUUGCGGUAGAUCCGGAACGAGGUAUGUACAUCCUGAUUUUCCUUGCAUUAGUGGUUGGCGGGUCGCUGACCCUCUACGGUCUGCGUGCGGCAGGAGAGCGCGCUGAUGUGGGUUUUAAAAUUCUCAGCCGUGAAUUUUUCAUGCUGAUCAACAACGUGAUCCUGGUGGUCUCGCUUGCCGUUGUCAUGUGGGGCACCCUUGCGCCAAUCGGUUAUGAAGCUAUUUCCGGCGGCCGUAUUUCUAUUGGCGUGCCGUUCUUUAACAUGUUUUUUGUACCGUUGAUGUUGUUGCUCGGCGUGGCUGUUGCCCUCGUACCGGUGCUUAACUGGAAACGUACCCCCUGGCAAAGCCUGAAAGGGACCCUGACUGCAGCGCUGCCGGUCUCCGCUUUGCUGGGUGGUGUCUGGUGGUAUACAACAGAUCCUAAAUCUGCGGGCGUGCUGGCGGCAUUGAUUAUUGCGCUUUGGAUUGUGGCAACGCAUUUAAUUGACGUGGUGAAACGCCUGCGCACGUCACGCAGUCUACCGCUGGCCUAUGUUGGUAUGUCCAUGGCACACAUUGGUUUUGCAGUGUCGGUGCUUGGAAUUGCGAUUACCGCCACCCAGUCUGUGGAAGACGAUGUCCGCAUGGCGCCCAAUGAUGUGACGACGCUGGGUGUUGAAGAGGUUCGUUUCCUCGGUGUGCGCGAAGUUCAGGGCCCUAACUAUGUCGCGCAGCAGGGGGUCUUUGUGAUCACCAAUGGCGGCAGAACAUUUGAAUUGCGGCCGGAAAAACGCCGCUACCUGGCGGGUGGUAACAUCAUGACAGAGGCCGGCAUUGAUGCCGGCCUGUUUGCAGACACCUAUAUCUCUCUGGGUGAGCCCCUGGGUGGCGGUGCCUGGGCGGUGCGGCUGCAUUACAAACCGAUGGUUCGUUGGGUCUGGCUGGGUGCAUUGUUAUUCGCGUUGGGUGGGAUGCUGGCCGUGAUGGAUAAGCGCUAUCGCAAACUUCGAACGCGGCGCGAUGUGCCGAUUAAAGCAGCAUUAGGGUCGGGGUCUGCCGGAUGA